GAGCGGAGCGGAGAGCGGGCGGGAGCCGCGGCCGCAGCCGGGCGGGCGGCGGGCGGAGCGCGCGGAGGGGGCGCCUCCCGGCCGGUGCGUCCUCCCGGUCCGGGUCCCACAGUGAGGGUCCAGUCCGAGCCCGCGGAGGCUCCCGGAGCGGCCAUGGCGGGCACCCUGGACCUGGACAAGGGCUGCACGGUGGAGGAGCUGCUGCGCGGCUGCAUCGAAGCCUUCGACGACUCGGGGAAGGUGCGGGACCCGCAGCUGGUGCGCAUGUUCCUCAUGAUGCACCCCUGGUACAUCCCUUCGUCCCAGCUGGCGGCCAAGCUGCUCCACAUCUACCAACAAUCCCGGAAGGACAACUCCAGCUCCCUGCAGGUGAAGACAUGCCAUCUGGUGAGGUACUGGAUCUCGGCGUUCCCAGCGGAGUUUGACCUGAACCAUGAGCUCGCGGAGCAGAUCAAGGAGCUGAAGGCGCUGCUGGACCAGGAGGGGAACCGCCGGCACAGCAGCCUCAUCGACAUCGAGAGCGUCCCCACCUACAAGUGGCAGCGGCAGGUGACUCAGCGGAACCCGGACGCACAGAAGAAGCGCAAGAUGUCCCUGCUGUUUGACCACCUGGAGCCCAUGGAGCUGGCGGAGCACCUCACCUACCUGGAGUACCGCUCCUUCAGCAAGAUCCUGUUCCAGGACUAUCACAGUUUUGUGACGCACGGCUGCACCGUGGACAACCCCGUGCUGGAGCGAUUCAUCUCCCUUUUCAACAGCGUCUCCCAGUGGGUGCAGCUCAUGAUCCUCAGCAAGCCCACCGCCCCCCAGCGGGCCCUGGUCAUCACCCACUUCGUCCACGUGGCAGAGAAGCUGCUGCAGCUGCAGAACUUCAACACGCUGAUGGCGGUGGUCGGGGGCCUGAGCCACAGCUCCAUCUCUCGCCUCAAGGAGACCCACAGCCACGUUAGCCCCGAGACCAUCAAGCUCUGGGAAGGUCUGACAGAACUGGUGACGGCCACCAGCAACUACGGCAACUACCGGCGGCGGCUGGCGGCCUGCGUGGGCUUCCGCUUCCCCAUCCUGGGGGUGCACCUCAAGGACCUGGUGGCCCUGCAGCUGGCACUGCCGGACUGGCUGGACCCAGCCCGGACCCGGCUCAACGGGGCCAAGAUGAAGCAGCUCUUCAGCAUCCUGGAGGAGCUGGCCAUGGUGACCAGCCUCCGGCCGCCGGUGCAGGCGAACCCUGACCUGCUGAGCCUGCUCACGGUGUCGCUGGAUCAGUAUCAGACGGAGGACGAGCUCUACCAGCUGUCCCUGCAGCGGGAGCCGCGCUGCAAGUCGCCAACCAGCCCCAUCAGCUGCACCCCGCCCCCCCGGGCCCCCGUGCUGGAGGAGUGGACCUCGGCGGCCAAGCCCAAGCUGGACCAGGCGCUCGUGGUGGAACACAUCGAGAAGAUGGUGGAGUCCGUGUUCCGGAACUUUGACGUCGACGGGGACGGCCACAUCUCUCAGGAAGAGUUCCAGAUCAUCCGUGGGAACUUCCCUUACCUCAGCGCCUUUGGGGACCUCGACCAGAACCAGGACGGCUGCAUCAGCCGGGAGGAGAUGAUCUCCUACUUCCUCCGCUCCAGCUCCGUGCUGGGCGGCCGCAUGGGCUUCGUGCACAACUUCCAGGAGAGCAACUCCCUGCGCCCCGUCGCCUGCCGCCACUGCAAGGCCCUGAUCCUGGGCAUCUACAAGCAGGGCCUCAAAUGCCGAGCCUGUGGGGUGAACUGCCACAAGCAGUGCAAGGACCGCCUGUCGGUGGAGUGCCGGCGCCGGGCCCAGAGCGUGAGCCUGGAGGGGUGCGCGUCCUCCCCCUCCCCCACGCACACCCACCACCGCACCUUCAGCUUCUCCCUGCCCCGCCCAGGCCGGCGAGGCUCCCGGCCCCCAGAGAUCCGGGAAGAGGAGGUACAGACGGUGGAGGACGGAGUGUUUGACAUCCACUUGUAGUGAUGCUGUGACUGGAUCAAGCACGCAUGCCUGCCUUGGAGCAAAGACCUGGACCGGAGCAGGGAGCCGGGUGCUGGGGCAGCAGGCUGGGCUGGGGGGUGGGGCAUGCGGGUGGCAUGUGGUUGAGGGCAGGGCCAGGGCUGGUGUCCCUAAGGUUGUACAGACUCUUGUGAAUAUUUGUAUUUUCCAGGAAUAAAAAGGCCCGUGUCAUGAACCUA